AUGACCGAUCCCGACAUCGUAGACUUCGAUGGCCCGAAUAAUCCCGCAAAUCCACUAAACUGGAGUCCUCGUUACAAAUGGACCAUGGUUGCAAUUCUUUCCAUGAUGAACCUAAUGGUCAAUCUAGGGACCAUUAUCGUGGCACCUGCGGCACCGCAAAUCCUAGCAGACUUUCAUGAAAGCAGCGGUCUAUACUCUACCAUCUUAGUUUCCAUCUGGGAGCUAGGCGAAAUUCUCGCGCCUCUGAUAAUCGUGCCUCUCGCGGAGCUUUAUGGGAAGCUGAUUAUAUACGAUAUAGCCAACGUCCUCUUCAUAAUCCUCUCGAUUGGAGGAGCGACCAGUACUAAUAUCGACAUGCUCAUUGCGUUCCGAUGUUUAAGUGGUUUGAUGGUUGCGUCUACAACGCUCAAUGAUGGCACUACGAGCGACAUGUUUCCUCCAGAGCAGCGUGGAGGUGCUAUACCACUUAUCAGUCUUUGUCCACUACUGGGUAUCAUCGCUGGACCAAUCAUCGGAGGAUAUCUCACAGCGGCAGCGGGAUGGCGCUGGACAUUUUGGAUCAUCACGAUUGCAACCGGCGUUGUGCAAAUAGGAUUUUUGUUCCUGAGAGAAACAUACAAAGUAACGAUUCUCCAGAAGAAGACGAACCGAUUAAGAAAGGAAACAGGAAACAUGGCACUCCGAUCUAAAUACGCGAGUGAUCUUUCUGGAAGCGAGGUCUUUCGAACGGCAGCUUUAAGACCUGUAAAAAUGCUUCUCUUCUCUCCCAUAAUUCUGAUUAUGUCUCUGUAUUCGGCUGUUAUCUAUGGAUGGCUAUAUCUAGUAAUGGCAACUCUAACCGAAGUAUUCGAGUCCCAGUUUCAAGUAUCACAAGGAUCCGUCGGGCUCAUCUUCAUCGGUAUAGGAAUCGACAAGCUAACUGCCGUCAUCAGCUACCACCCUCCUCUUCGACAAAUAAUCCACCCAGGCCGCAGGCGGGAGAGACCAAACCCGAACACAGACUCCCUGUUGUGGUACUCGGUGGUAUAA